CAGGAGGUGAUCUCCUCUCGGUUCGAAUGAUUUGUUCGUUUGUUCCACGUAUAAAAUAGUUGGAAAUAUUUACGCUUUAAUCAUAUAUAACUUUGGAAAAUAUAAUAAUUGCCGUGGAAGAUAAGGAAGUGUAAAACGUUAUAUUCGAUAAUGUUUAUAUGUAUUCUUGAUACGUGACGCUCUAAUAAGUUGAAUCUAUUGAAAACUUGACACGAGAUAAUAUGCUCUAUACUGGGUAUCAUAAAGUGAAUGAGUGAAGUGUAAAGGUGUAUAGUAUAAAUAAUAAGGAUAAAUUAGAGAAAUUCAAGGGGUGUGUCUCUUAGAGUAUUUAAAUAUUUCUUAUUAAAAAUAACAUCGACGAAAAAUUUGGGUGAUCGUGGACCAAAAAUUAUUGACAAGAAAUCGUUAUCCGCACACAUCAGCACGGACGUUAUUCGAUUUUUUCAGUGCGCACUACGGUUGAGUCUCCGGUGCAGCUUACGUUGUUUAUGUCAUCGUGACGCCUAUGGCGACGAAGUGUUUUGUUUUUGCCGAUCGAUGACGGGAUAUUUCAGAAAUUACAUCUUAUGAUUUAGAUUUUGCGAUACUAUUUUUGUAGCUCUACUAUAUAACGUUUAAGAAAAUCUAAAAGGGUCGUAACGUUAAACGAUUUUAAGCGCCCAGAACUUGUUAACAAGAGAAUAUAUAAAGAAACUCGUGCAUUAUUUACUUGCUUUAUGAGAUAUAAAUCAUCUGAGCGAACGAUUAAGAAGAAAAUCGAAAGAACAAUAGAUAACAUUAAAAGUUCAACGAAGUGUAGGAUGGCAUCAUCCACGAUAGCUGUUCCCUCGGGAACAGCUUCGGUACCAGUUACUGCUGGUAUUACUGGAAAAGAAGAACUUGAUAGUGGGGAUUUAUUCGGUGAACGAAGUGUUAAUACCGUUACAGGUUAUAACAAUAGUAGCAGUUCUGGUGAUGCACUUGAAGAGAUAACCUGUAGUAAUGGCAAAAUAGGAGAUCAACAAUGCACUUUGUGCAUGAGCAAAUUAUGCUCACCACGGGUACUAUCUUGUCUCCAUGUAUUUUGCGAAGGUUGUUUAGAUAAGCUCCUUAUGGAUGGAGCUGGAGAUUCAAAGGUAGAAUCUAUACUUGAAUGUCCCUUAUGCCAUCAAGAAACUUCCGUUAGUUCUAAAGGCGCCGCAUCUCUCACUUGUGAUUAUGUAUUAACUAAUAUACUUGACAUGUUUGCGAUUGAAAAUAUGGCAGUGCUCUGUACCUCUUGCAAGGCUAAAGAAAAUGCAGUUGCACGUUGCUCAGAUUGUGCCAAUUUUCUCUGUCCGAAUUGUAAUACGGCACAUCAGUUCAUGCGCUGCUUUGAAAGUCAUAAAGUCAUUGCAUUUGAGGAUUUAAAGAAAUCAAAUGAAACUAUUCCAAUACAUAAACCUAUUUUUUGUGAAUAUCAUCCUGCCGAAAAUAUGAAGUUCUAUUGCUAUACGUGUCAGGAACCGAUCUGUAAUGAAUGUCUUCUUGUUGAGCACAAAGCACCAGAUCAUCAUUAUGAGAGACUAGCUGAUGCAGAACCACGUGAAAAGGAAGAAUUAUUGAGUUUAAUGUCUGAAAGUAAAGCAAAAAUCAAGGACUGCGAUCAAGUUACAACACAGUUAGAAAAUGCACUUAGUGAAUUGCAAAUGCAACGUGAUCAAGCAAAGGAUUUAAUAAUAGAAACUUUCCAAAGUUACAAAGCUAUUUUAGAGAAAUAUCGAGACAAUGCUUUAGAAGAACUUGAAAAACUACAUUCAGAAAGAGAACUUGAAAUAAUGGAUACUUUCCAUAAUGUUGCAAAAACUGCAGAAAAAAUAGAUGAUGCCUGCCGCUUUACAUCUAGGCUUUUGGAACAUGGAGAUACAGUGGAAAUAUUAGCUCUUCGUCGUAUAGUAGGAGCACAACUGUUACAUUUAAUAAAAAAUACCCCAAGUCCUAACAUCACAUUUUGUAUAGAGUUCCAAACAGAUUAUAGUCAAUUUGAGAAAACUGUAAAGGAGGUGUUUGGUAAAUUUCAUACAGAGAGUACACCAAUAACAAAAAUUCUUCCAGAAAUAAAAUCAAACAUGCCAGGAGUUUCCUCUACUCAACAAAUCGUUCAUACUUCAAUAAGUUGUUCCAGUACAAUUAGUACAAGUUCUCCCAUUUCACUUCCUGCCUCUAUGCAAUCCUCGUUUGAAGGUGAACCUUCAUUUGUUAUUCCACCUACAUCUAGUCCUCAAAAUAUUCCACCACCACCACCACCUGUCUCUCUUCCACCAGGCCCUAUUCAUGGUUUGACCAGUAUUCAAGAAUAUAAUUUACAACAAUUAGCUAGUUUAGCCGAAAAGGUAGAAAUUGUUAGUGAUACUGGUGUAAUUGGACCUAGCUCUAAUCCAAGUCCCACUCCUUCCUUCGCACUAGCAGAUUUAUUUGCUGGAGAUUUGAACUCUACAAAUCAUGCCAUCAAUAAUUUGCAAGCUCUUGCAAAAUUAGGAAAUACUCUUGGCAAUCAAGAUUUAGGAAGUGCAACAAUUAAUGGUAGUGGAGGUUUGGUAUUAGGACGUGGGCCUUCCCCUGGUAUUGUUGAUGCGCCUAACUUGAGCACUUUAACUGCCAACAGUCUUUUAAAUGGUGGUUUUCAAUCACUUUCAUCCUCCACAUCUCCUAUACUCUCACAGGGUGCUGACGAUCUUAUAGGUGAUACAAUGCAUAAUAUGCCUGUAGUAGUAGGUAAUCCAGUUGCCAAUGUAACUGGUGCAGGAAGUGGAAACUAUGCACAUCCGCGUUCUAACAAUCCAAAAUUAACUCCAAUGCAAAUUCGAAGUAAAUUUGGCCAGUUAGGUCCUAGUAAAGGACAAUUUAAUUCACCACAUGGAUUUUGCUUGGGUACAGACGAAGAUAUCAUAGUUGCAGACACUAAUAAUCACAGGAUACAGAUUUUUGAGAAGACUGGUACAUUCAAAUUUCAAUUUGGUGUUCCUGGUAAAGAAGAGGGUCAGUUGUGGUAUCCAAGAAAAGUAGCAGUUAUGCGAAAUAGUGGAAAAUUUGUUGUAUGCGAUCGUGGAAAUGAACGAUCUAGGAUGCAAAUAUUUACUAAAAACGGCCAUUUUAUAAAAAAGAUUGCCAUUCGUUACAUCGACAUUGUAGCUGGUUUAGCUGUUACGAGUCAAGGUCAGAUUGUAGCAGUCGAUAGUGUAUCACCAACUGUAUUUGUCAUCAGUGAUACAGGUGCCCUCCUUAGGUGGUUCGAUUGCAGCGAUUACAUGAGAGAACCAAGUGAUAUUGCUAUCAGUGGAAAAGAAUAUUUCGUUUGCGAUUUCAAAGGGCAUUGUGUUGUUGUAUUUAACGAAGAUGGAAAAUUCUUGCGUCGUAUUGGCUGCGAGAACAUAACAAACUUUCCAAACGGGAUUGAUAUUAGUGAUGCUGGGGAUGUUUUGAUUGGAGAUUCACAUGGUAAUCGAUUCCAUGUAGCUGUCUUUUCAAGGGAUGGUUCUUUAAUUUCGGAAUUCGAGUGUCCAUAUGUUAAGGUAUCUCGAUGUUGUGGCCUGAAAAUAACCUCGGAAGGAUACAUAGUAACGCUGGCUAAAAACAAUCAUCAUGUCCUUGUGCUGAACACUCUUUACAUAGUAUGAAGUGAAAAAAGAAAUAUAAUAAUAUCACUACUUUCUUCAAUAAGGGAGCUUCUAUUGGAACUGCUCUGUUUUCAACGAAGGAUAAGCAAAAAAGGCAUGCCCAAGAUACUAAACUAUUUAAAUAUUGGGCCUAUCAAAGCAAUAGAAACAAGUGCAGCAUGCAGCUUUAAUAGUUGUAAAAAGUAUAAUGCGUCCCUCUUCUAUGAAAGUACCAACAUUGAAAGGAGAAAAGGUAAAUGUAUAUUUCCGACCAAUCGAUAUCAUAGUAAUGUAGCGAGUUGCAUUUGGUAAACUGCCAGAGUAAAUUAUAUAAUUAAGCAAAAACAUGUUAAAGGAAAACAAACAAAAGAAAAACAAAAAAAAAACAAAAAUAAUAACGAUGCAGUGUGUUGCGCUGACCGAAGUCAAUCAAUCGAAGUUGCUUUAGUAGAGAAGCAAUUUUACAAUGGCCUUUCGUCAAAAUAGGUCGUUGUACCAUAGUUUUUGACACGUCAGUAUUUUAAGUGUGUUUACAAAUCAAAUUCUAGUCUCCUACUAUGAGCACUAUCACGAUUUAGGAUUUGUGCUUGAAAUAAGGCGCUACUCUCUUGGUCUUGGGUUUGAUUAAUCCGAUGAAAAGGCUUUUUCGUCUUCUUUAUUAGAUCAAAGUAUCUCAAGGAAUGUAUAUAAUGAAAAUACGGGGAUAUAUUAGACUGUUCUCGUAGGUUUUGUUUUGUUUUUUUUUCUCUCUCUCUCUCUCUCUCUCUCUCUCUCUUUCUCUUUUUCUUUUGACAAUUAUAAGUUUGUAGAUAACGAAAAAUGACAUGUGCAGACUAUACAUCUCCUUGUGAGCAUCAAAGUUUCUGUGCUUAAUGAACCGACGAAAAAGAUAUUGCAUGCUUCAGAGGUAGUAGUUCAUAGUAUUCUCCUGCUUCUCUCAUAUCGUAACGUAUUAAGUCUCAGAGUCGCAAAUUUAAGGACAACUCUUGGGCUACGAGAUAGAACACGAGAUUUUGCAAAUCAAUCACGUAUCCUGCGUGUUUGUGUCACGAUUGUUGAGAAUGCGUUAUAUAAAGUUAAUGUGUCGACAAAAAUUAACUUAUGGUACGUUGAAAAUCAAACAAUUUAGUUACUUAUAAGAAGACAAGAAAAGAAAAAAAAACAUCUUGCAGAACAUAUUUUAAAGCAUAAAGAGUGAAGAUAACUAUUUAGACUUGCCACUUGAGUAGAUUCCAUUUGUGCAUUGUUAAAAUUAGGUGAGGUACAUAAUGGUUAUACAAUAUUUACUCAGGAUGCUUUAUUAUGGUCCAUCUCUCACAGAAAUAUAUGACAUUUAUCAUAAUAUGAGUCAUAUAUAUCAGUCAUUAAAUAAUACUAUAUACACACAAAAAUACACAUACGCAUAUAUAUAUUUUUUUUAUUUAUUUGUAUUUUAUAUAAAUAUAUAUAAAGUACAAAUAUAUGUGUAUGCGCCUACGUGCGUAUAUAUAUAUGUAUAUAUAUUUAUAUAUAUGUGUGUGUAUAUAUAUAUGUAUAUAUAUAUAUAUGCGUAUAUGAAUUACUGGUUUGUGGUGCUAACGAACGAUUGCAUCCAUUAACAUGUGUAUGUAUUUGUUAUGAAGUUACAGAGAACAUUUUCCUAUUCUACAAUAUGUGAAAAUGAUUCUAUGUAAUGUAUUAUUAAAUACAAGGUUCGUAUAAGUAAAUAUACCAAUGGUAUCACAUAAGAGCGAUACUCUUUACCUAUGUAAAAAAAAAAAGUAACUAACGUACAGUUUGCUAAACAACUUCUAUUUAUGUAUAUAAAAUAUGAGAUCCACAUAAAAGAGAAAUUCCACAUAAAAGCGCAUACAUAUAUAGAAAUUCACAUAUUUUUUAGGGUUGUUUACAUGAUCAGCCUUAAGAUUUGAUUGAACUAAAAAUGCUACAUAUGUGUAUACAGCAUGUAUAUUAAAUAUUUGGCAGAUCGCUACACACACACACCAUGUUAUUAUAUUGUCUACAAUAAUAUUUGUUUACAAAUAUUAUUUUUUGCCAAACCAAAUCAUACGUAGCACAUCCAUAUACAUAUAUACAUAGUAUAUAUUUAUACUUGAAUAUAUAGCUUUCUUAUAGGUAAUGUUUGCACACACUAAAAGUUAUCAGCGCUAUUACCCCCACCCCUACUCACGUGCCCACCCCCCAACCACCUAAUGGAUUGCUACUAUAAAGUAAAUAACUUGUGUAGGGAAAAUUGGAAAGACAAGUAUCACAUGACGAGAAACUAUUACUCUUAAACGUUUGCGUAUAAGAUGUCGAUAUAUGUAGUGGACUGCACGAAGCCUAUAUAUAUGUGUGUGUGUAUAUGUAUAGAUAUAUAUACACAUAUACAUAUACAUGCGCAGAAUCUUAAAAAAAAACAUUAUGCGUGUGUACGUUAUAUAUAUAUGCACACACAAACACACAUACACACACGAAGAUAGUUGGUCGCGGCAUACACGGCACGUAUUAUACACAUAUAUAUAUAUACACACACGCACAUAUACAUAUACACGGACAGGAUAAAGAGACAGUUAAUAUAUAUCGAUAGACAGACGGAAAACAUAAAUAUUUAUAAUAGAGGAAAAUAUAAAAAAACAUAGACGUUAGCGUGCACACUGAUCAGCCGUAAAAUUGUCUCUGGUAUCUUUAGAAGUUUUUCACACACACAUAUACAUAUACACACUAAAUAUGCAUAAAAAAGCUACACAUUAUAUACAUCAAACUAAUUCUGAUAUAUUUAAUAGUCGUGAUUAGCAGAGUUAUAUAAAUAAUGCCUGUGAUAAUAGUAUCUUCAGGAUAAGUUGUGUCCUUAAAGAGUCUCUGAUGUUGUUGCUAGGUAAAUAUAAAUUAGAAGUACCAAUGAGAGAACAAUUGACAUUGUUGCAUUGUGUUUUGGCAUUGUAUACAUAAAAGGGAAUGCUUGUCGAAUACAAUGACAGACAGUACAUGUCCAUGAUGUCAUCAAUUGCCUCAAAUAUGGUAUAUUAAAUAUGAGAAGAAGAAAAAAAAAAGUAAAGAAAAAAAGAAAGUGAGGAGAUAUUCAAAAUAAGAAAUAUAUGUUGCAAAUUUUUUGCCAGUAAUUUUAACAACUCAUAUAUAGCAUAACACGAAUGGAUGACCAUUACAAACAUGAGAGAGGAUCUUUUACCUCACAAAAAAUUAUUAUAUAUUACGCUCACACCUUAUAUAUAUUUGAAUAUUUUAGUAUAGAUUUACUCUAUUUACAUACUUUUAUCUGUGGAAGACUACUUGGCUAAUUUAGGCCACUGUUAAAAUUUACCCCUUAUUUGCCUUGAUGUUUGAAUUACACAUACAAUAAUAAUAAUAAAUAAAAAAAGAAAAAAAAACAAAGAAAUGUGAGAAAAAGAAAAAGAAAAAAGAUUAAAAAAAAGAAAUGAAAGAAUAAAUAAAAAUAAAACAUACACAAAGAGAAUGAAACGAGAGAGAAUUCAUUGUUACAUGGAUGGUAAUUGUGAUAGAUUUUUUGAUGAUUUUUACAAUCUCAAAGGUCUUAUUAUCCUAAAUAUGUAUAGAAUUAUAUAGUCAUUCUUCUACGUAAUUGAUAAAUUUUUGCUUACAUACAUAUUGUUAAACAAACAAACAACCAAACAAAAAAGAAAGAAUAAUAAUAAUAAUAUUGAAAAAAAAAACUUACCCUAUAUUGACACUGUUAGCGAUUAGGCAAUUACCAUUAAUUGAAUUGAACAUCUCUUGCACCUGAGAAAAUAGGUUCUGUAUAUCGCUUCAGCAAUGAUGGCUUUUAUUCAGCAUAAUAACUUCCAACGUAUUUUAAUAAAGUACGGGGCUCCUUUACGUACAUAUAUACAUACAUACAUACAUACAUACAUACAUACAUACAUACAUA